AUGAAUAAACUGUUGAAAAGCCCUGAGACUCCGCCUAAGCCCACUCAACCUUAUCCUCGGAAACCACGUUUAACUUACCCUAUUUCAUCAUGGGAUACCCCUUCAAUAUUGGAUAUCGCUGCAAUCGAUGCACAUAUCUUUAAUCGAUAUCUUUUAAAAUCUACAGAAAAGGAUCAGUUAUUUACAUGUACCUAUCAUGAGGUUGAGACCCUCCUCGAUCAACGCUAUGAGGAACAAGAUCGCCAUAAUGAACUUGCUACCUUUGAACAAGCCCUUAAACGCUCUUCCAAAGAACGUAGCACGAAAGCCUUAGCCCUCCUAGCUAUGUUAGAACCCGAUGAACCUCCGCUUCCUGAUAAAUAUCACGAAUUCGAAGAUGUUUUCAGCAAACAAGAGUCGGAUAUCCUACCACCUCAUCGCUCUUACGAUCAUUCGAUCAAAUUGGAAGAUAGAGCUGAGGAAUCUUUAACCUAUUCUCCACUAUACAAAAUGUCUAUUGAGGAAUUAGAGGUUGUCAAAAGAUAUCUGACCGAUAAUCUGUCUAAAGGAUUCAUCGAGCCAAGCCAAGCUCCCUUCGCUGCUCCUGUCCUCUUCGUUAAGAAAUCUAAUGGAAGUUUAAGAUUUUGUAUCGACUACCGCAAGCUCAAUGCUCUCACUCGCAAGGAUCGUUAUCCUCUCCCUUUGAUCGACGAGACCCUGGCGCGCCUCCAAGGUGCCAAAAUUUACACCAAGCUUGAUAUUCGCCAAGCUUUCCACCGCAUCCGUAUGGAUCCAGCAUCGGAAGAGUAUACUACCUUUCGUACUCGAUACGGAGCAUACAAAUGCAAAGUUCUACCAUUUGGUCUUACCAAUGGUCCUGCCACCUACCAACGCUAUAUGAAUGAUAUUCUUUUCGAUUACCUCGAUGAUUUCUGUACAGCAUAUCUCGACGAUAUUCUCAUCUAUUCUGAGGAUCCCUCGGAACAUGAUACUCAUGUCCGUAAGGUUCUGCAACGACUUCGAGAUGCUGGCCUUCAGGCAGACCUCAAGAAAUCCGAAUUCGAUGUCACCAAGACUAAGUACUUGGGGUUCAUCAUCUCUACUACCGGUAUUGAAGUUGAUCCUGAUAAGGUUGCUAUCGUGAAGGAAUGGCAAUAUCCUUCCACUCUGAAAGGUGUACAAUCCUUCUUAGGAUUCUGCAAUUUCUAUCGAAGAUUCAUUCCUAGCUAUGGAGUAAUAGCUUCACCCUUGACCCAUCUAACCAAGACAAAUGUCCCUUUUUCUUUCAAUCAGGAAUGCAAAGAAGCCUUCAAUACUUUACGAGGUCUCCUCACCACUGCUCCCAUACUCCGACAUUACGAUUACAAGCUUGAAAGCAUGCUCGAAACCGAUGCUUCCGAUGGAGUAAUCGCCGCUGUUCUAUCACAAAAGCAUGAUGAUCACUGGUUCCCCGUAGCCUAUUUCUCGAAGACCAUGCUUCCUGCAGAACUUAAUUAUCCUGUCCAUGAUAAAGAACUUACCGCUAUCGCAAAGUCUUUUGGUCAUUGGAGAGCCGAACUCAUAGGAUCCCCUUUUCAGGUAAAGGUCUAUACUGAUCAUAAAGCUUUGGAGUACUUUAUGACCUCCAAACAAUUGAAUAGCCGACAAGCUCGUGUUGCCGAACUCCUUGCCGACUUCAAUUUCCUCAUCAUGUACCGCCCUGGCAAAGAAAACCCUCUGGCUGAUGCGCUUUCCCGCCGUGAGGAUGAUAUCCAAGCCACCAAUCACCAAAAGAAGGAACAACGCGCUCAACAGUUGUUUAGACCUGAUCAACUAGAUCCCAAAAUCCUCCGCCAGGCGAAGGAAGCUCCUAUUCUGGCACCUCUCGAACGAGCCAAGCCAUUCUUCACAGUAAUCGACAGAAUCUUAGAAGCUAACCGCAAUUCAACUAGCCUCACCGCUAUGCGCAGAGAAGCUAUUCGUGCCUCUGAGGACCCCAAUCGAAGAUCCCCACUCACUAUUGAGAAUGGUUUACUCCUUCAUAAGGGAAGAGUAGUUAUCCCCUCUACUGACAAUCUACACACCUAUCUCAUCCGCGAAGUCCAUGCUCAACCUACCACUGCCCACCCAAAUGCUGAGAAAACCUCAUUACUCAUUUCCGAGCAUUAUUAUUGGAAAGGAUUUCGAGACGAUGUUGCUAGAUACGUCAGGAAUUGUGAUCUAUGCCGACGUUCCAAAGUCCCGCGGGAUAAAAAGCCUGGACUCUUGAAGCCCCUUAGUAUUCCUCAACGCCCUUGGGAACAUAUCACAAUGGACUUCUGUAGCUUCAAUAAAGACAAGUAUGGGUAUGACAAUAUUCUGGUUGUUAUCGAUAGGCUCAGCAAGCAAGCUAUCUCUAUUCCUUGUACUAAGGAGUGCUCAGAGAAAGAAUUCGCCGAGCUAUUCAUAUAUCAUGUUUAUCGUUACUACGGUCCUCCUUCCUCAAUCUUAUCCGACAGAGGUACCCAAUUCGUCAGUCAAUUCUGGCAUGAGCUCUCCUCUAUCUUGAAAAUCAAGCUAGUACAUUCUUCUACUGACCAUCCCGCUACUGAUGGGCAAACGGAGAUCUACAAUCAAUACUUGCAACGACGUCUUCGCCCAUUCGUGAAUUAUUAUCAAGAUAACUGGUCAAAGUUGCUCCCAUUGAUGGAUUACGCUCAGCUCACUCUGCCUCAUGAUACCCUCAGCAAGAUGACCCCCUUUGAAGUGCUCUAUGGAUACAAGCCUCGCAUCGAUUGGGAUUGGAAAGAACAUAAUUCCAAUCCUACAGACAAAAUUAACGUUGAACAAGCCCACGAAUUCGCUACGCGUGCCCAUAAUGCUUGGGAUUUCGCCCGACAGCAAAUUCAGCGCGCUCAAGAUCGGAUGGCUAAACAGCACAAUAAACACCGCCGUACUCCCGACUUUAGGGUAGGAGAUACAGUGUGGUUGGACUCCCGAUAUUACAAGACCCAGCGCCCCUCUCGGAAGUUGGAUUUCCCCAAUUCCGGGCCCUUCAAGAUUGUUGAACAGAUUGGUGAAUCAUACCGCCUUGCCCUGCCUGCCUCUAUGCGCAUAUUCGACGUAUUUCCUCCCGAAAAGCUCCGAUUGGCAGCGGAAGACCCACUUCCCGGCCAAGUUAAUCCCCCCGCUCCUCCAAUUAAUGUCACUGGAGAGGAAGAAUGGGAGGUGGAGGAGAUCUUAGCUUCGAAACUCAGGUACAAGAACAUUAUGUAUCAAGUUUCCUGGAAAGAUCAUCCGCUUGACCCUACUUGGUAUCCAGCAGAUGAUCUCAAAUACUCUCCACAUAAACUUAAGGAAUUCCACAUUGCCAACCCCAAUAAGGCUGGACCACCCAAGGCCUUGCCUCGAUGGAUUGAACGAUAUGACGCUGGAGACGACAACUACGACGAUGAAACGGGUGACAGACCUAUGAUGAAAAGCGCGAGGACUCGCUUUUUCAAAGGAGGGGGUAAUGUGACGGAAAUCCCUGCUUUCCUCCCACCUUUAUUAUAUAAGAAACCUCAGGUACAUUAA